AUGAAACCACAGGCUUCGAGAUCGCGCACCAACUUGAAUGCAGACCCCUUACGCUCGGUUAUGAGUACAUCAUCAAGCAUUUCAAGAGAUCACGAGCGCGGAUCGAGAUCGUCGCUCCUCGAGCAGGGGUGCAUCUACAACAUGAGCGAUUGUUACGAGAGGCUCAGAACUAUGUUACCUCAAGGAUCAGACAACAGACGCAUGAGUAAAGUAGAGAUUUUACAACAUGUCAUCGACUACAUCCAAGAUCUUGAAUCAGCGCUGGAGCUGCCCCAUUCACAGACUGCAGAAAACUUUGUAAGUCAGGAAUCACCUGACGAGAGAACAACGAGGAUUCCGCUCAAAACCAUCUCUUAUAACCGCUAAUAAUAAGGUAUGGUGGUCUUGUAGAUCUUGAUAAGGCAACAAUGUUGUCACUUUAACGCGUAAAAACCCGUUUUAAUGAGCAAUAUUGUAAUACUUUGCGUAAACAUGAUUUCUGCUCACGAAAGCCAAUUUCAUUUACAAGGGAAGAGAAAACGCUGUACGAUAUGCUCUAACUUAGACCGGGACGGAAAGAGUAGGCAUGAGUAAGCAUAAAUUCACUGUUUUCAGUAUUAUAGCCACAUCCAAAGUUGUGACCAGAGUCAUGGAUAAAUUUAUUGCCCGGUGUCUGUAUAUUCCUUGAACAUAUGAACAGUUCAGUGGCAAAGUAGGCAUUUCCCGCCCCCUCAUUCGAGACAGUGUGAAGGAAUGUUUGGACAUCGCUUCAGUUAUGGACAAAAGAAUUAGACAUCUGUGGAAAGCGAUUUGCUGUCUCGACAAGUAUCAGAAAAAACUAAAAGACAUUUUCCAGCAGUCAUUUGCCAAUAAAACAGACGGCUUGAGAAGCGUGAAGGAAAUCUGUUUCCUAGAAGUAGAAUGGUAGGCACGGUAUGUUUUGCUUUUUUGUGCAUGGAGGGCCUCUGCAUGCGAUUUUGUAAUUAUACAUAAAUGGAGGCACGAAAAGUUUAUUUUCGUUCAUAAUUUAAGAAACGUCUGGCUUUCACUUCUUGUAAUCGAAGUAUUUUGUUUCAGAAAUCCUGCCUUAAUACUCUUGGAUCGGAGACUGCAAGUAAAAACCGCAAAAUCGUUAAUCUUAGAUUAGCGUGUGCUCAUGAAAACUAAAUUCGUGAAAAUCGCUGAAAACACAAUCUGGAACGUUUUAUAGAGUCUUAAUUCACUUUUCUAACUCCUUGCAGAAGAUAGGCUGUAAACAUGAAACGGAUUUAAUGUGUUUUUUAAUUUACGAAAGGAAUCUGUCUCCAUAUGGUUUUCAAGUGGACAUCCACUUCUCGUUAAUGUCAUGCUGGAUCUAACAUUGCACAGAUUUGAAGGAAGUCUGCAUAAGUAAUAAUAUUGAACAGACUUCAAACCUCAGCGCACAACCUUUAGCUAAAUUUUCGACUUUUGGCUAGGUCCCGCCUACCGACUUAGUUUCUCAGUAAAGUUUAUCUACUGUAUAUUAUGUAAUUGUUUUUGCAGGGAAGCUAAGAAGAUGUAAAGAUUACAAGGCUUUGAGCAAUAUGUGAAAACGCCGGCAAGUUAGCUCCGAGUAGGAUCGGAUGCAGGGGAUCUUGUUUGCACAGCAAGUCCUUCUUUUUCGACUCUACUCGAUAGUUCAAAAGCUUCAAAUCUCGAUAUCUUAAAUUUUUAUCUCCACAUCUAACAGAGUUACUGUAAUUAAAGUAAUACGCGGGCUAAUGGUUCAGUACAUGUACUUUUUUACGUAGGACUAAUGAUAUUUUAGACUCGAGAAUUUUAUUUUUCAGAAGCUUGUUUUGAAAACUUGAAGCUGUCAGCUAUUUUAACUUGCAAAUGAUGUGUUGUUUUUAUGUGUGAUUGAUUUGAUUUCUGUCAAGUUGUUCAAACAAAUGUAAACCCCACUUCUCAAAAUCCUAUUUUUAACGCUAAAAACCAAGUUAUGGAAUGUGUAGACUAAACUUAUUACUUAAGUAUUUUAAACCUUUGCGAAUUUGUAAGAUACCCUUACAAGUAAAAUCUGCUGC